GUUUAAGUAAAAAUAUAUGGGCUAUUGCUAAAAUAUACUGUAUAGUCAUUUGUUGUUUCACAUUUUUAGUCCAACAAAAAACUGUUUCAUUAUUUAUUUGUGACUUAGUUGUCGUAAAUCAGGGUUCGUUUCCCGGUUACCACGUUACCAUGGCAACCAUGGAACCUGUCAACAAAUCCGGAAAACAAAGACGUGGGAGAUGUAAAAAUUGGAAACUUGCCUACAGAGCUCCCCCAGACGGGCAAAUGUUUCCAGCUGUUGCUGUUGGGAGCCAAGAGAAGCUGGAUGUCAGUGUGAACAGACAGGGUCUGUCAGCGCUCCACAUGGCCUGCCUUUACGGCCAGCUGGCUACUGUUCAGCUCCUGGCGGAGUCCAGGCCGGGGUGGAUCAACAGCAGCGACAACCAGGGUCGCAGGCCUGCUCACAUGGUCCUGUCCUCCAGGAGCUCCCCCAACACUACCUCGUGCCUCAGAUACCUGCUGGAGCACGGGGCCGACAUCAACGUUGGCACAGAUUCGGGGUCGACCCUGCUGCACCUGGCCGCCUCUGAAGGCCUCCUGGACUGCACAGAGAUCCUCGUGCAGGCCGGAGCAGAUGUGUUGGCCAAGGACAGCAUGGGACACACUCCUUUGGAUUUGGCCCGCAUCUGUUGCCACAGAAAAGUAGCAAGGUAUCUGAAAAGCUGCAUGUGGCAGAAAGAAAAGGAGAAAGAAAUGCACGAGAGGAAGCUAGUUCAAGCUUUAUACAGUGAUCUUGUGGACAUGGCCAAGCUGAAUGAUCUCAAGAAAAAGACACUUAUUGAUGUGAAGAUGGCAGAGUGGGCAAAAAAGAAAGGCUUGCCCCUCCUAAAAGAUUUCUCCCCAAGAGUCCUGAUGAGCCAGUACCACACGCAGUGCCUCUCAUCAGAUCAAAACACAAAACAUGCUAAGCACCUGUUGAAGCACCAGCCAGGAGGCCCUCAGGAGGACAAAUGCACCUCCACCAAGCAACCCCCAGCCUCAUCCUCCAGGCCCUGGACCAUCUUCAUGGGCCUCCAGCCAGAGAAGCCCCCCAGAGAGCCGGACCUCCGGAACAGCAUAACAGUGUGGAGGGACAGCAGCAGCAGGCAGCCUCAGUACAUCACCAAGUGGGACACUACGCCUCGCCCCGCCCCUGACCUGCCUCUGGAUGUCCUCAAGAGGGUGUUGUUCCCCAGAGCCUUCCCUUCCAGGAUCGCGUCCCCUCUGUACUUUAAGCCACAGAACAUCGUGGAGGUCCAGCGCCGAGGAUACCCCCAGGGGCAGAGCACCUCCCCCUGGACAGAGGUGGCCAUGCACCUGGUUGAGGUGCUAGAGCCCAGACACUACUGAUCAUCACACUCUGCACUGGAUGAGCUUCAACUAGACCUGAAAUUAGUAGAUGGUUUUAAGAAAUGUAUUAAAACUCAUCGGGUAUUGAAAUAUUUAAUCUAUUUUUACAUCCAAGGAAGAAGGUGGUGGAAAGAACAUGCAGCCAUUUUUUUUUAGAUUUAACAUGUCUUUAUAGUUUUUAUAUCAAAUGAAGUGGAAAUUAACAUUUGAACUCUGUUCAGUCUCACAUCAAGAGUAUCAACAGGCAUACAAGCAGACCUUCCCUAGCAAAAUAUCCUGCCACCCCACAUCUUCAGCUCAAAGUGACAAAAUUAAAAAUGCCACACACACCAGACGCUGCGCCUCCAAACGUGGGGUGAACGGAGGGGUGAGUGAAAGGUGAGAAAACCUCAGUGAACUGGGUCACCUGUCACAGAUGUAUCCCUGCACUUUCACUGAUCCCCCCCAGGGAACUGGCUUGGGAUCCAGGUGAGGGCUUGUCAACAGCAUGUGUGUAACUGCGAGCUGUGGCCUGUCAGCUAAAGGUGUGUGUGUGUAUGUGUUGUGGUUUUGUCUUUUUUCUUUACUUCAUGAAGCACUUCUCACCUCAGUGGGGGUCAAAGUGCAAACUAGCCUCAACCUGGUGCACCCACUGUGACAGAGCCACAUGGGACUGGGUAACAUAAUGACAGAUAGACAGUCUGGCGCGCACGCACACACACACACACACACACACACACACUCACUCACUCACUCACUCACUCACUCACGACGGAGUGGAGUUCAGGGUGUGACAACAGUUGGAAAAUUCAUCGUACCGCAAAUAAAAUUUAACAAUGAAUGGGUGAAUUAACCUGAUUUAAUUGGACAUGACGAGGAUCAGUACAUCUGUUUUUGCCUUUAUGCCCUUAUGACCCAACCUGUGAAAAGAACCAUUUAAUUUGUGAGUUAUUUUAACAAAAUCUCUUUUAUUGUAUUAUACAGGUGUGUGCAUACCAGCCUACGAUGAACCGCACUCAGUAACUGGUAAAAGGAAUUUCGGCCUCUUUAAUAGUACUUUCAUCAAACCACUUUGAGCAGCUUUUGUCACUGCAGAGAAUCGAUCAUAAGUGUUUUCAUUUGUCUUUGAUGUCAGGUUAACUCAAUGAUCAAUGUACAAAAAUCAGUUUGUUAUUACUGUGAAUUAAAAACUGUUGCAGACUA